AAGGGCGAUGAGUGCUCGCAAAGGGUAGCCGGAGCGAGGCGAGCGAGCCAGGCGAGGCGAGGCGAGGCGAGGCGAGGCAGCCGGCGAGGCAGCGCCCCCCCUCGGGCGAGCACCACCAUGCCUGUGCGCAGAGGUCAUGUGGCACCACAGAACACCUUCCUGGGGACCAUCAUUCGGAAAUUCGAAGGGCAAAAUAAAAAAUUCAUCAUUGCUAAUGCUCGAGUGCAGAACUGUGCUAUCAUCUAUUGCAAUGAUGGGUUCUGUGAGAUGACGGGAUUCUCCAGGCCAGAUGUCAUGCAGAAACCAUGCACCUGCGACUUUCUCCAUGGACCGGAGACCAAACGGCAUCACGUUGCCCAAAUCGCCCAGGCCUUGCUGGGGUCAGAGGAGAGGAAAGUAGAAGUCACGUAUUAUCACAAAGAUGGCUCCACCUUCAUUUGCAACACCCACAUCAUUCCAGUGAAAAAUCAGGACGGCAUAGCCAUGAUGUUUAUUAUUAACUUUGAGUAUGUCACGGAUGAGGAGAAUGUAGAGUCUCCAGAGAAAUUCAACCAGAUACCUUCAACCAAAGUUGCAAACCAUGGUGACAACCUUUCAAGAGGCUCUUCUUCAGGCAAACUUUUUGGGUUCAAGCUUCCUGGGCUGAGUCUUUUAUCAUACCGAAAGCAGUCCUUGCCACAGGAAGAUCCCGACGCAGUGAUAGUGGGUUCUUCCAAGCGCAGUGAUGACUCCAUGGCUAUGAAGCAUUUUAAGUCCCCGACAAAAGAAAGCUGCAGCCCCUCAGAAGCAGAUGACACCAAGGCACUGAUCCAGCCAAGCACGUGUUCUCCUUUGGUGAAUAUAUCGGGACCUCUUGAUCAUUCAUCCCCCAAACGGCAAUGGGACCGGCUAUACCCCGAUAUGCUGCAUUCAAGUAGUGCACUAACCCAUACUCCAUCCAGGGAAAGUGUCUGCAGUAUAAGGAGAGCCUCCUCAGUACACAACAUAGAAGGAUUUAACAUCCAGCCCAAUAAUGUGUUUCGAGACCGGCACGCUAGUGAAGACAAUGGUCGCAAUGUCAAAGUUUCACGCUCCUGGAUGGCAGGGGGUCCUUUCAAUCAUAUCAAGUCAAGUCUAUUAGGAUCUACAUCAGAUUCAAAUCUCAACAAAUACACCACCAUCAACAAGAUUCCCCAGCUCACCUUGAACUUUUCUGAUAUCAAAAGUGAAAAAAAAAGUUCAUCACCCCCCUCUUCAGAGAAAACAAUUAUAGCGCCCAAAGUGAAAGACAGAACACACAAUGUCACUGAGAAGGUUACACAGGUCCUAUCCUUAGGAGCUGAUGUUUUACCAGAAUACAAACUACAAACACCUCGCAUCAACAAAUUUACUAUAUUGCACUAUAGUCCUUUCAAAGCCGUGUGGGACUGGCUCAUUUUGCUUUUGGUCAUCUACACGGCCAUCUUCACCCCUUACUCCGCCGCCUUCCUUCUCAAUGACAAUGAGGAACAGAAGAGGCGGGAGUGCGGCUAUUCCUGCAACCCACUGAACAUGGUCGAUUUGAUUGUGGAUAUCAUGUUUAUCAUUGACAUUCUAAUAAACUUCCGAACGACGUACGUCAACCAGAACGAAGAAGUGGUAAGUGACCCAGCCAAAAUAGCAAUCCACUACUUCAAAGGCUGGUUCCUAAUUGACAUGGUUGCUGCAAUCCCUUUCGACCUGCUGAUCUUUGGAUCCGGCUCUGAUGAGACGACAACACUCAUUGGCCUCCUGAAGACUGCCAGACUGCUGCGUUUGGUGAGGGUUGCCCGGAAACUGGACCGCUAUUCCGAAUACGGGGCUGCUGUUCUGAUGCUACUGAUGUGCAUCUUUGCUCUCAUUGCUCACUGGCUGGCUUGCAUUUGGUACGCUAUUGGGAACGUUGAGCGGCAUUACCUGGUUAAUAAAAUUGGCUGGCUGGAUUCACUGGGAGAACAACUGGGGAAACAUUACAAUCGGAGCGAUGUCAGCUCAGGACCCUCCAUCAAGGACAAAUACGUCACAGCCCUUUAUUUCACCUUCAGCAGUCUGACAAGUGUAGGAUUCGGAAAUGUGUCUCCCAACACCAACUCCGAGAAAAUAUUUUCCAUCUGUGUCAUGCUGAUUGGCUCAUUAAUGUAUGCAAGCAUUUUUGGAAAUGUAUCGGCAAUAAUCCAAAGGCUGUAUUCAGGAACUGCCCGGUAUCACAUGCAGAUGCUGCGUGUGAAAGAGUUUAUACGUUUCCAUCAGAUUCCUAACCCCCUGAGGCAGCGGCUUGAAGAGUACUUCCAGCAUGCUUGGACCUACACAAACGGCAUUGACAUGAACAUGGUCUUAAAGGGAUUUCCAGAAUGUUUACAAGCUGAUAUCUGUCUACACCUCAACCAAAGUUUACUUCAGAACUGCAAAGCUUUCCAGGGGGCCAGUAAAGGCUGUCUCCGGGCUUUGGCUAUGAAAUUUAAGACUACACACGCACCUCCUGGGGAUACUCUUGUGCACAGUGGCGACGUUCUGACCGCACUUUAUUUCCUCUCGCGAGGCUCCAUUGAAAUCCUCAAGAAUGACAUGGUUGUAGCAAUUCUUGGCAAAAAUGAUAUUUUUGGAGAGAUGGUACAUCUUUACGCAAAACCAGGGAAGUCAAAUGCCGAUGUGAGAGCUUUAACCUACUGUGAUUUGCAUAAGAUUCAACGAGAAGACUUAUUGGAAGUUUUGGAUAUGUAUCCAGAAUUUUCCGACCUGUUUCUCACCAAUCUGGAGCUCACUUUCAAUCUGAGGCAUGAAAACCCCAAAACUGACCUCGCAAUAAGGUCGCAGAGCACGAACGGUUCCGACAACAGUCAGCUGCGAAGGAGGAAACUGUCUUUUGAAAGUGAAAUUGAUAAAGACUAUGACAAAGAGGACGGGGACUCAGCAGAUAACACCCGGCAUUAUCAGGGUGGCAAGAAACAUUUUGAAGAGAAGAGAAGCCGGUCGUCUUCUUUUGUGUCAUCUAUUGAUGAUGAGCAGAAGCCCUUGUUCCCUGGGAUCAUGGACUACCCGUCGAUAAUGGGCAAGGCAGCAGUGCUGGAUUUUGAAGAGAUGGUGCAUGUCACAGAAAGGAUCCAAGCUGAAAAAAGAAGUCAUUCUUGCAAAGACAUCAAUGACAGAAGAAUCUGGGAGGAGGAUCACAGCAGGGACCACCAGGAGUCAUCCAGUCAGUCCAUUUUGCCUCAUGUCACGUGGGGUGUCUCUGAAACAGACAGUGAGAUCAACUACGGAGAAGUGGAGCAGAGGCUAGAUUUACUUCAAGACCAACUCAACAGACUCGAAUCCCAAAUGACUGCUGACAUUCAAACCAUCCUCCAGCUGCUGCAGAGGCAGCCAGCUCUCAUUCCACCGGCCUACAGCGUGGUGACUGCAAGUGCGGAUUAUCAGAGGCCAGCUGUCCGGAUGGUGCAAAGUCUUCAUCCUGUAGCAUCUAUUAAAACAGACAAAAGCUUCAGCCCUGCACAGUGUCCCAAAUUCCUAGACCUUGAAAAAUCAAAACCGAAAUCCAAAGAAUCCAUCUCAAGUGGAGUGCAUCUUAAUACAGCCUCAGAAGAUAAUCUGGCGUCAUUUUUGGAACAAGAGCAUGAUCAGUCUUUAGAACUACCCCCACAACAAUGUAAGACUUACCUCCCCCCAAUCAGGCACCCAUCUUUGCCGGAUUCCUCCUUAAGCACUGCAGGAAUCUUGGGUCUUCAUAGGCAUGUUUCUGAUCCUGGUCUUCCGGGGAAAUAACCCUUUUAUACUCUUACAUCACCUAAAAUGUAAGUGCUUUUAAUGGCUGGGGUUUUUUUUUCCUUUUUUAAAUAUUUAAAUCCUCUAUACUUGACUCAGGGGCUACAAGGAUAUACCAUUAUAUGCAAAAGUACUGUAUAUUUUCCUAACUUUGUAGCUUGUAAGGUAAAGUUAACUGGUAACGAUGUACAUAUAUAAAUAUAUAAAUAUAUAUUAAAAACAAAAACGGUAUGUUCCAAAUGUAAAAUUGCCAGCAUUCUCAAGGCACCUUAUAUUUUUUAAUUUUUUUAAAAAAACGCACCUGCAUGUUUGGAAAUGGUUGCAGUUCUGUUGCAUGGAGAUUAACUGUUUACCGUUUUCAACGAACUCCUGGUUGACUGCGGAUAUAUGCCUUCAAAAAAUUAGGACGUUGAUCCACACAGAAAAGAUGUGGGGGUUUUUUGGGGUUUUUUUGAGCUAGUCUGAAGUUAAAGCAAAACUUUCCUCCCAUUUGCCUUUGCAAUGAAAUAAUUCCCUUUCUGGCAAUGACUUUCCUACAAACCCACAGAGCCCUUCCAUGGCAUUGGCAAGGAGAACAAUAGCUACAUCUUCUGGGUUCAGAAGUCAUUCAUGUAAACGUCAUUAGCAAGUAGAUUUCUCAUUUUAAAUGCAGCCAGAGCAACCGGGCUGCCUGGUGGAAAGCUUAAUCGCUCACUUGCAUCCACAUUGGCUGAACCUUUCGUUGUUGCGGGUUUUCUUUUUCUUUUUUCCAAUUUAUUUCCCCCCCUCCCUUGUUGGAAAACUUCAUCAUAGCUGCAAGCUGCCAUGCUACAAAAGCAGUUAGCUGUCAAGACCCUCAAACAUAAUCAAAUGCAAUAAAUAUAAUUUCUAUAAAAUACA